AUGAAGUUUUUUACGCUUAUGGCCCUUGCUGGCCUCUUUGCCUCUGCCGCCGCUCUGCCUCAGGAAGCCCCUGUUACUUCUACAACUUCUCUCUCUCCAAAUGUUAUGUGCGCUAGCGCCUGCCCCACGGGUAAUAUCUGCUGUCAGGCGAUGUGCCUUGGUGUUCCCUGCCCCAACCAAAUUAUGGCAAACAUGACCAACAACUGCGCAAUGAGCUGCAUACAAGGCAGCGGAUCCCCAGAUGAUAUCAGAAGCUACGCGAUGUGCCAGAGCAGUUGCAUCAACAACUUCUUCUUGGGCUCCAGCACUACCCCAACUCCAUCCAGCACUGGAGGCGCUUCCACUACUACGUCAGCUGCCAACGGUACCUCGACCGGCAACUUUUCAACAACCCCAUCCGCUGGUGCUGGUAUAAUUGACGUCCAACUCGGAUCCUUUGCCGCUGGCAUUAUCGGUCUCCUGAUGGCUGUUGUUGUUCUCUAA